GCCCGCUGUGACCCCACUGUCACUGCCCCGUGACAGGAGCACUGGGAGGAUGAGCAGGGUGCCCCGGUGAGCCGGGAGCUGCUGCUGCUGGUGCUGCAGGGGCUGGAGGGCAUCUUCAUCCGGGCGGUGUAUGACGGGCGCAUGGCCAGCGUGGGGCUCAGCGACGUGGCCAUGGAUGUCACCAGCGCCGGGGACACCGGCCUGGGGCCGGCUGGCAACGUUGAGGAGUGCAGGUGCCCCGUGGGCUACACGGGGCUGUCGUGCCAGCGCUGUGCCCCCCGCUUCGAGCGGGUGACGAGGGGACCCUACCUGGGGACCUGCUCCGGCUGCGGCUGCCACGGCCACUCCAGCACCUGCGACCCCGUGUUUGGGCACUGCCUGAACUGCCAGCACAACACAGAGGGACCGCAGUGCGAGAAGUGCAAACCCGGCUUCUUCGGCGAUGCCACCAAGGGCACGGCCACCGCCUGCCACCCCUGUCCCUGUCCCUACACGGAGCCCUCACGCAGGUUCUCGGAGUCGUGCUUUCUGGACACGGAUGGCCAGGCCACCUGCGACGCCUGCGCCCCUGGAUAUGCCGGCCGGCGCUGCGAGAGGUGUGCCCCAGGCUACGAGGGAGACCCCAUCCAGCCAGGUGGCAAGUGCACCCCAAUCGGUCAGGAGCUUGUCAAGUGUGAUGCCCGCGGGGGCCAGGACGAGGCUGGUGGCACCUGUCGCUGCAAGCCCAACGUGCGGGGCCGGCUCUGUGACUCCUGUGCCGCGGGCACCUUCCACCUGAGCGCUGCCAACCCCGCGGGCUGCCUGCCCUGCUUCUGCAUGGGGCUGUCCCGCUCCUGUGCCAGCUCCGCCUGGCACCGACACCAGGUACCGUGA